CUGGCUGUGUCCUAGGGGAGCUGCUGUUACAUAAGCCCCUGCUGCCAGGGCGUUCAGAGAUUCACCAAAUGGAACUAAUCAUCGAUUUGCUUGGAACACCCAAUGACACGAUAUGGCCUGGGUAUUCGAAGCUGUCAGCACUGGAGAAUUUCACCCUCAAGCAGCAGCCGUACAACAACGUGAAGCAUUUCUUUCCCUGGCUCUCACCAGCUGGCGUUCGCCUUUUGAAUUUCGUCUUUAUGUAUAACCCAAAAAAAAGAGCCACUGCCGAGGAGGCACUCAAAGUUCCUAUUUCUCUGAACCUCCCUUGCCCUGUGAAGCAGAACUUAUGCCUUCAUUCCCGCAGCAUCGAAACUUGAAGCGGUCUUUCAUGGGAGGCUUUUCAGACAGACUGGGACACAUUACUCAAGACCUG